AUAGGGACCUUCAAGUUAUUUUAGCAUACCUUGGGGUGUAGGGGUAAUUUACCCAAAAAUCAAUUUGGGGUGUAUUUGUAAAUAUGUAAAAUGCUUAAAAUCAAACAUUUCCUUCAAAUUCCUUCUCCGGCCAGAGUAGUCGUUGUCUUCUUCUUCCUCCUCCCAACCUAGAAAUCCCCCCUUUCCAUUUCCCUACAUGGAGGUAGCAAAACAGUACAGCAGAAGGCGGCGCCGGAAUCCCUCAAUUGACAGGCUUAGCGAUUUGCCGGACUCGAUUCUCUGCCACAUUCUCUCUUUUCUCCUAACCAGGAACUCCGUCGCAACCAGUAUUCUAUCUAGAAGGUGGAGGUACCUCUGGUCUUUUGUCCCCAAUUUAGAUUUCGACCUUGAAGUUGAAAGUACCGCCAUAGAUAGGGUUUUACUGCUACAUAAACUGCAAAAAAUCGAUACUUUUCGCAUCACAGAAGGGUAUGGCUACACCGACUGUCAAAUUGAGACAUGGAUUAGGUUUGCAGUUGAGCGCAAUGUGAAAAACCUUGAUCUUCAUUUUGGUUACGAAGGUUGGGUACCUCCUUCACCGAAAUGCCUCCUCACCUGCAAAACCCUAGUUGAUUUGAGGCUGACAAAUUGCACUGUGUUCCCUGUCACUGGUGUCGUGUGUUUGCCUAGCCUCAAGAUGCUUCAUCUGCAGUUUUAUCACGCAUACGAGACCCUUCCGCACCUUCUUUCUGGGUGUCCGGUGCUCGAAAACUUGCUACUCCAAUUAUAUUUUAAUUAUUGUUCUUGUAGAAUAUCUUCACCGACAAUCAAAAGCCUCCGGAUCAAUUUUCAUUACGAUGAAUGUGACAACGAAGACGAGGGGGAAGACAUUUACGACAGGCUGGAGAUAGAUACCCCUGCCCUUGUUUAUCUCGAGUUAAUUGAUAGCUCAAACCAGCAUAUCAAAUGCGGGCCACUGACCUCCUUACUUGGAGCAGAUAUCAAUUUUCACAAUUAUAUCGACAGGGGUUUUCUUCAUUCUCGAGCUUUGGUGGAAUUUAUCGAUAGGCUACAUAACAUCCAAUUCCUGAAAUUAGAUUUGUCACAUUAUUCAGAAGAGAUUGCUCACGCAGCAUUCCCUGCACAGACAACAGCUUUUCGUAACUUAAUCGAACUUGAGUUGACUGCCGAUUGCCUCCUUCUUUGGAAGUUCCUUGAAAAUGCGGAUAAUCUUGAAAUCCUUAUCUUCUCUGAGUGUUGUGAAGAAUUACAAGGCAGGGCAAAACCACCACUACCUGCGCCCAGAUGCAUAUUAUCUCGUCUCAGAAUGAUAAAGAUUGUUAAGAUCAAGGGUAAAAGGCACGAGUUUGGAUAUAUAAAAUAUCUUUUGAGAAAUGCUAAGGUAUUGAAGAGGAUGAAAAUAACAUAUUCCGAACACCUCGAUUCCCAGAAAAUGAUUAAUAUGCUAAAGAAGAUCUCACUUUUUCGACGAGGAUCCAGAGCAUGUAAAGUUGCCUUUGUUGGUGAUCGUUAAGGGACUGAUGCAUAAUUACACAUUGCAAAAUCCCUUUAUCCGUUAAGGUCAUAAUGUUUUAUCCAGAAGAUUUCUUUGAGGAGCUCCGAUACCAGUGCUUGUUUUGUUCAAAUGCAGCCACUUUAGACUAACUUAUAGUUUCCAACGUGAUCUAUUUAUGGGUUGGUUUUAACGAAAGAGGAUUUAAUUUAUCGAACGAGUCUUGAAGUUAAUUACAUUUCCUCCAAUACUACCUCAAUUUUUUUGUAGCAGGAAGUGUGCAAAGAUUGUUGUGGGGCUU